GUCCAGGUGAGGCAGGAAGCAGUUUAGGGUAAUUGCUUGACUUCGGAGAAACAGAGAAGUAAAUGUAUUCCAUGUUUUACUCCAUGGCAAGCUAUUAGCUCGCCUAUUCUCCUGUCAAAGACACUGAGAGAGACAGAGGACAAUCCACACGCCGAGCUCUUCUCAACUCAGCUUUUGAAGGUGAAGAUAUGGCAUACAGGAAGACGCAUGCCAGUCAGGGUAGCGCCAUGCACCCUCGGGACCUGGAAUGUGAGGAUCAGCUAGCCACUCUUGAUCUAGAGUGGGAUAUGGAAAAGGAGUUGGAAGAGCCUGGACUGGGCAACUUCCAACCUGAAUGUGGAGACUCUCAGAUCUUGGGCACCUCAUCCAGUGGUGAAAUGAAUCCAGACCAAGAGUUCAUCCAGCCAUCUGUGUCCCCCCUUGGACGGUUCCAGCGACUUCAGGAGGACCCCACCAACGUCUUGCAAUACAGCAGGAGUGUUCCAAAGGUGCGCAAGAUGAAUGUUACCUGCAUUGUCAAAUACCUGCUAUUCGGGGCAGGAGCCUUCCUCCUGGGACUGCUCAUUGGUCUAAAUGCUAAGCGAACUGAGGAGCAGCCGGUCACACCCAUCUCAAGCACAGAUAUGCUGGAAAAGGUUUUACAAAACAUCACUGCAGAGAAGAUCCACGCAUUAAAAAGGGAUUUUGAAUACUUUUCCAGACUCAGCGAGGAAAUCUGGGUGAAGUAUCUUGCCCAUCGCUGGGAGGCGUUUGGACUAAAGAACGUCCAGCUGAUCAAUUACACCGUCCUCAUCAGCUCCCCUGGAUCCUUACCAAAUACUCUCACUGAUAUGGCAAAUAAGCAGUGUUUCCUGCCCAGUGGAGCGAAGUGUGGCACAAAGACCCACAUAUCCAUUAAUGAGUCCUUUGCCUUUGCAGCCUACUCAUCCGUGGGAAGUCUAGAGGCAGAAUUGGUGGAUGUACAGUAUGGAAGUCCUGAAGAUUUGAGACUAAUCCGAACUGAGAUGAAUGUGACCAAUAAAAUAGCACUGCUAAAAAUUGGACCAGUACCUUUACUUCACACGCUUUCUUACCUGGCUGAGAUGGGCUUUGGUGCUUGUCUAAUCUAUGUGGAUCCUUGUGACGUCCCUGAGGAUCAGCCAUUACUGCAAAAAGCAUUCGGGGUGACUUUAAACCCAGGAGGAGACCCAUCAACCCCACACUACCCCAGCACAGAUGGCAGUUUCAGGGAAGAUCGUCGCAAUUUGACGUCACUGCUCGUGCAGCCAAUAUCAGUUAAGCUUGCCAAGGAGUUGCUCUCUGCACCCAGUGCUGAACACAGCCAACCCUGUACUCCUAUGAAAAUGGCAUCGGGCUCAGGACAAAGGAUUAUAAAGCUAAGCAUUGGAUCCCAAGCAUCAUACAGAAGAGUCUAUAAUAUUAUUGGCUACCUGAGAGGAAAGAUUAAUCCAGAUAAAUACGUCCUUGUUGGCACUCAUCAUGAUAGCUGGUACAAGGGCACCAUGGCAGACUGGGGUAGUGGCACCAUAGUUGUUUCUCAGAUCAUUGCCUCCAUAACAGCUCACACCCAUGCACACUGGCAGCCGGACCGUACUAUUGUCUUCUGCUCGUUUGGAGGCGCUACCCUUGGCAACAUCGGCUCCAUUGAGUGGGGAGAGGAGAACAAACUGGUUUUGGAGAACAGGGUAGUGGCCUAUGUCAGCCUCCAUCGUCCAGUUAGAGCAUAUGGACCACAGUCUACAGUAUCACCAUCUCUGCUGCAACUCACUUCAAACAUCCGUAAGAAACAUAUAAAAAGUUGCCUUCAUGCUGGACACUGCCCUGGCCUGAACAUCAGCUCUCUGCAGUCACCUGUGGUCAUGGACUUCUUUACCAAUCAGCUUGCUGUUCCACUGGUGGAGUUUGUAUCAUCAGCCAAUCCAACUGAGAGUGCUCAUUUCCUCUCCGAGGCCUUUUUCCCCUUUGACUCGUCAUUGCCAGAGACCUUGGACCCCACCUUCAGACUUCAUGAAACAGUUGCAAAGAUGACAGCAGAAGCCAUCCUGCGACUUGCUACCGAUCCUGUCCUUCCCUUCUCACCCUUGGACAUAGCACUGGACGUUCAAAAUAAACUCAAAGCUGACCCCUCAAUCAGGCCUGAUCUUCUGGCUGCUGCUGCAUCCAUGCGAGAAAGUUCUAGCUUGUUCCAGUCGGAGAUUAUGCGCCCAGCCAACGACCCAAAGGAGCGUGACCCAUCCCAUGUGCGCAUGCUGAAUGACAUACUGCAAGACUUGGAGAAAAGCUUCCUCAUUUCACAUCCACCUCCAGGCUUUUCACGGAAUAUCCUCUAUGGACUGAAUAGAAAAACACAAGGCUUUGCCAUCUUGAAGGGCUCUGCAGAAGACUCCAAACACCGCAGCAUGAAUCGGUCUUUGUCUCAAGUGUUCAACUCCAUCUGCUUGGCUGAAAAUCUCAUCCAAAGUGGUCUCGAGCUCUUUGAGAAUAACCCUGAUAGCUUACAGUAAAAGCAGCACAAAUCAUUGAUAAUGGAGUACAAGGAGGAGAGUCGAUUAGCAUACAGUAUGUGGUACAUGUGACUAAAAUCCAUACUUCCAAAGGAAUUGGAUAUUUGAAGCUACUUGUGAUUUGAAAAGCACUUACAUGUCCUUUCUAUGCCUCCAAACCUGUUUCUCACUUCCACGUUUGCAGAUGAACAGAAAUUCUAGUUAAAACUGUUAAACCUGUAGGGAAGGUAAUGUCCUAUAGGCUAAAAUAAGGCACUCUAAGAUGUCGCAGACUAGAUUUCUUUCUUUUUGUUUUGUUUUUUUCUGUUUUAAGAGCUUGCUGUUUAUAAGAUACUAUAAUUUUGUCCUCAGGGUGAUGAAGCAUUUUUCAACUCAGGACAGGUGGAAGGAGAAUCCUUAUUCAAAUGAAUUCAAAUGAAUCGUCCCAGAUGCCCUGCUCUGUAUCUCCAACCUUAUAAAAUGGUAUAGACUCAGUGCUGUUUUACUAACAAAGGGAGGUUGUACAAAGUAUUAAAUGCAGGGGUGCCAAAAAUAGUGGCACAUGUGUUUUUUGUUGAAAAUAACUAUUUCUUAAUGAGGGUUUUUUAAAAUAAAUCUAUUUCAAUUAAAGGUUGGAUUUCUCUUUUUUUUUUCAGUGUGAGAUGAAGCGACUUCACCAAAAGGUGGAUUUUUCUCUAACCCUUUUCACUAAUCUUUAUAAGGGGGCAAUAAUCACGGAGGGCACUGUAGGCCUACAUUUCAAAGACGCUAGGGUCAAAGCAGGGGCAGACUGACCACUGGGACAUUUUCCACUUUUUUGCAUUUCCUUUUCUCUCAUGUAAUGCCUUAAUUAAGAUUUGUGCUGUGUAAGAAUGGCAUUUUUUUAUUUAUUGUUUGUGUCUCAGAAAAUUUGCAAAGCCACUAAAAGGGAAAUUCUGGCUCCCAAGAUAUAACUAGCUAGCAAAAUUGGUCCUGGUGAGACCAUCCUUUGAUACUACAAGGAACAAUCAACCUGAAGGAUAAAUUGUUUCACAUAACCUCUAUGGUAUUUACUGGUAACAUACUGUUUAACUGUAUAUUCAUUGUAAAAUAUACAUAUACUGUAUAAUUUGUAUUCCACUGGGGUUCCCUGGAAUGGGAGCACCAGUUCUACUUGACAAAAUCUAAUUUUGAGUCCUGCAUUACAUUAAAUUCACAUAAUAGAAGAAUUCAUUCAGCGCUUUCACUUUUAGACAGCCACUUUAAAGCAUAUGCACAGGGUGAUUUUUGUUCCCAGUCUACCCCAGGUCAGACCACUGAGACCACAUAUCAUCAAAAUUGUAUUUCCCCCUUGGAACAGCUGAGGGUUACAGGCCAUGUUCUCAGUGUUAUUACAGCAAUUUGGGCAGUGUAACUCACAAAGCAAAUUAUACUGCUAUAUAUUAUUGACAACCGCGAGCUGAUCUAGUGGUUAGCGUGUCCGCCUCUUGACCGGGAGAUCGCGAGUUCUACUCGUGGUCUUGUCAUACUAAAGACCAUCAUAAAAAUGGUACGUACUACCAUCUGGCAAGGCACGCUUCAAUACAGAUGCGAGUAGGGAAGUCAAACUCUUGCGGUUACCAGAGGACCAGCCCCCCACUGUAACCCUAACUGCAUAGGCAAGAGGCCGAGAGCUAUGAAAACGGAGAUCGGUGCCGCACCCAUGCAUCAUAAAGAGCUGGUUAAUACUGGGACAGGAGACUGCCUGGGAAGACCAGAUUCUGGCGUGGAAGGGACUUUGACUUCCAUCCAUCCAUUAUCUGUAGCCACUUAUCUUGUUCUACAGGGUCACAGGCAAGCUGGAGCCUAUCCCAGCUGACUAUGGGCGAGAGGCGGGGUACACCCUGGACAAGUCGCCAAGUUAUCGCAGGGUUGACACAGAGACAAACAACCAUUCACACCUAUGGUCAAUUUAGAGCCACCACUUAACCUAACCUGCAUGUCUUUGGACUGUGGGGAAAACUGGAGCACCUGGAGGAAACCCACGUGGACACAAGGAGAACUUGCAAACUCCACAUAGAAAGGCCCUUACCGGCCACUGGGCUUGAACGCAGAACCUUCUUGCUGUGAGGCCACAGUGCUAACCAUUACACCACUGUGCCGCCCGAGCCCCCCCCCCCCCCCCCCUUUUAUUUAUUUAUUUUUUUAUUAAUAUUACUGACAUGCUCACUAAAAUUGGGCAUUUGAAGAUUGGAGAAAGGCAACAUUUUCAAGUCCUCAAUCUUCCAGUUUGACUGAACCUGCGCCCACUAUAGCCUCAGAUUCCUGUGUUUGGCUGACAGUGACCCUGAUGGAAUCUGUUACGUUCUGCAUUCUGAAAUGCAUUUCUGCUCAGCACAGUUGUAAAUAGUGCUUAUUUGUGUUCCUGUAGCCUUCCUGUCAACUCGAACCAGUCUAACCACCCUCCUCUGACCUUUGUCAUCAACAAGACAUUCUGCCACUCACUUGAUGUUAUUGGUCACUUACUGGAUAUUAUUUCGACCAUUUUGUGUAAACUCUAGAGACUGUUGUGUUUUGAAAAUCCCAUGUGUAAUCAGGAGAAUUUCUGGAACCAACAACCAUGCCACAGUCGCUGAGUCAUUGAGACCACAUUUAUCCCCAUUCUGAUGUUUCAUGUGAACAUGAACUGAAGCUAUUGGCCUGUAUCUGCAUGAGUUUAUGCUCUGUGGUGCUGCCAAAUGGUUGGCUGACAGAAUAAUUGCAUGAAUGAGCAGGUGUACAUGCUGGUGAGUGAAUGUGGCUUAAUAUAUGCAGUACAUAUCUGCUUGAUGUGAAAGAAAAUACCAAAUGUAAAGAUUGUACAUUGACAUGGCUGUGUUUUCCAGGCUAGUGAUUGUAUAGGAUUUAUUCUUCUGGGACCACAUACAGAAUUCAGAAUAAAGUAUUCACAUUUAAAGAAAUCACACUAAAGCAGGGUUUAAUUAUGAGUUAUGAAUCAUCCCUUGAGAUUUCUGUUAUUUUGUUGUUGUCAUCAUUUGCACUAUUGCUCUGUUUAGGAAGACUCUGGGUUAAGAAUCUGCAUCUGUCAACUUACUUGUUACAACGAUAGUACUUUGAUGAAUCUUUGAUAAAUAGGAGAUUUAAGAAUGCUUCAGGAAAUUUACUUUGGCCAUGAGCUUUAAAUGAUUAACGUGCCUUCAACUGAGUAAUUAUAGUUGCUCUUUGUGUUCCUGUUUGCUGUUUAUUGAAAAGAUUAUAGGAAUACUUGAUCUGAUUUUUCUUAUGCUAUACAAUAUGUAUGUGAUGUGCUUAUACAUGAAAUGUGUUUUUUUUCAUUCAAAAAUAUUUAUUAAAAAGCAAAAUCUGUAUUACUUGAGGCGGCACUUCCUAUUUUCUCUGGAGUAAGCAUUCAGUCUGAAUAUAUCUGUUCCUUGACAUCAUUAGAACAAAAGAAAUGUGCAUUUUCACAUUUACAAUAUUGCUCCAUUUGGACAGUAUUGAAUAAAUUUGUAAGCAAUUGAUGUAAUAAACGGUCAAACUUGCACUAAAGUGGACUUGAACUGGCAGCUUGUUAUGUUGCCUCUGGGCUUUUUCUCCCUUAGCAUGUACAAAGAGAAUGAAUAAUUAUAUGUGCGGUGAGCUCCACAAUUAUUGGCACCCCUUAUAAAGAUUAGGAAAAAAAUCCACCUUUUGGUGAUGUAGCUUCAUCUCGCACUGAAAAAGAAUAAGCUGAAAAGGAAAGUGCCCAAAGAGAGGGCAUAGGAUCCUGGAUGAUCUGGAGAGAUUUUCUAAAGAGGAAUGGUCUCAGAUGUCCUGUUUUGUAUUCUCCAACCUUAUAAAAUGUUAUGGGAGAAAACUCAAAAAGUACAAAGUAUUAAAAGCAGGAGUGCCAAUAAUAGUGGUGCAUGUAUUUUUGUUGAAAAUAAUUAUUUCUUGA